GGCACGUGUACCUUAUCAAACUCAAAGUUUCCAAGUUCAGUCAUCUCUUUUGCGCUACCUAUUACGCCCACUCCGCAUUCAUUCGCUAUAUGAAUUUCCACGGUUCCACCAUUGAAUCUCACUUUCACGUCCCAGGUUCACAAAACAAAUUACGAUGUUUUCAACAGUAAUAUCAACAACCCCACCAGGUGUUUUCCUCCCAAGAAGACUUUCGGUAGUUCGGUGUUGUUCUGUUUCGGUGUCCGGAAAGCAGCAAAGAUCGACCCAGUUCGAUUUAAAGACUUACUGGACAAAACUUAUUGCGGAGAUUGACCAAAAGUUGGACCAAGCAAUCCCGAUUAAGUACCCAGAAGGAAUCUAUGAAGCCAUGCGCUACUCCGUCCUGGCCAAAGGUGCCAAAAGGGCGCCACCUGUCAUGUGUGUGGCGGCUUGUGAGCUCUUUGGUGGUAAUCGCCUUGCUGCCUUUCCCACUGCUUGUGCUCUUGAAAUGGUCCAUGCUGCUUCAUUGAUUCAUGAUGAUCUUCCCUGUAUGGAUGAUGACCCAUCACGCCGGGGCCAACCCUCAAACCACACAAUUUAUGGCGUUGACAUGGCUAUCCUUGCUGGGGAUGCACUCUUCCCUCUUGGAUAUGAACACAUUGUAUCCCACACACCCUCUGACCUUGUACCUGAAACCUGCAUCCUUCGUGUGAUUGCUGAGAUCGCCCGUGCUGUGGGAUCAACUGGCAUGGCUGCCGGGCAGUUCCUUGAUAUUGAAGGUGGGCCUAAUUCUGUUGAAUUUGUGCAAGAGAAAAAAUUCGGUGAAAUGGGUGAGUGCUCUGCAGUGUGUGGAGGAUUGUUGGCUGGUGCAGAAGAUGAUGAAGUGCAGAAAUUGAGGAGGUAUGGAAGAGCUGUUGGGGUAUUGUAUCAAGUGGUUGAUGAUUUGUUGGAUGCGAAAACACAGAGUGAGGAAGAUGAAGAGAAAACAAAAAAGAAGGGGAAGAGUUAUGUUGCUGUCUAUGGCGUUGACAAGGCUAUGGAGGUGGCUGAGGAACUUAGAACCAAAGCUAAGAAGGAAUUGGAUGGGUUCGAGAAGUACGGUGAGAAAGUGGUGCCACUUUAUAGCUUUGUGGAUUAUGCUGCCGAUAGAGGAUUUUCUGUUGGUGAUUCAAGUUGAUACAGUUUUCUUUGUGCAUCACACUGCUGAGAAGGGGCUGAAUAUUAUUGUUUUAAGUUCAUUAAGGAUUUUCGGCAGUGUUGAGUGCAGUGAAUACUCUCAGAGUUUGAUACAUAGUACACGUUUGAAUCAUUAAAGCCGGCUCAUAAAGAAUGUUUUUCCAUUGAAAAUGGAGAUGUCAAGCUUUGUAAUUGUAUCUAGUUGAAUGUUUGUAGCUGUUCUUCAACAUUGUAAGUCUGUUGCUUAAAGUUAAGAGGAAUAAUGAAUGAUAACAAGCAAUUCAAGAUUAUUUUGUUCUUGUCU